AUGGGAGGGUUGCUAUUUAAGCACCCCUUUUUGGGGAGCUUUGUUGAGUCUGGGGGAGCAUUCCAGACAGUGUUAAUCUUCUUUCUGAUUCCAUGUUCUUUGACUGUGGAUUAUAGAGCAGCACCCAUUAUAUCAAAUGCCCCUUUCCUUUGGGUCUGGAAUGCCCCAACUGAACCUUGUGUUGGAAACUUUACUAACUCAAUAGAUCUGAGCCUCUUCCCAUUAAUCGGAAGCCCCCGAAAAACUGCCAUAGGGCAGCCUGCCACACUAUUUUAUGUUGAUCGACUUGGCCUCUAUCCUCACAUAGAUCCAAAACAAGUAGACCAUUAUGGAGGAAUACCUCAGUUGGGGAAUUUGCAAGAUCACUUGGCCAAAGCCAGGACUGACAUAGAACACUAUAUUCCAGUAGACAAAGUGGGCUUAGCUAUCAUUGACUGGGAAGAAUGGAGGCCCACGUGGAUGAGAAACUGGAAACCCAAGGAUAACUAUAGGAACAAGUCUAUUGACUUGGUCCUGAAAAAUAAUCCAGGACUUAGUUACGCAGAGGCCACCCAGAAAGCCAUAGUAGAAUUUCAAAACGCAGGCAGGAACUUCAUGGAACAGACAUUAAGACUGGGGAAAUCAGUUCGGCCAAAACACUUAUGGGGCUAUUACCUUUUUCCUGAUUGUUAUAACAAUAAAUUUCAAGACCCUGCAUAUGAUGGGCAUUGUCCUAAAGUGGAAGAACAAAGAAACAAUGAUCUUGGCUGGUUGUGGAAAGAAAGCACUGGCCUUUACCCAUCUGUCUACUUGAAGAAAGACUUGAAGUCGAAUCGACAAGCUACACUCUAUGUCCGUUUCCGAGUUGUGGAAUCUAUCAGAGUGUCCAAAGUCCGGAAUGAAACGGAUCCGAUCCCAGUUUUUGUUUAUGUUCGUCUUGUUUUUACUGAUCACGUUAACGAAUUUCUUAUGGAGGAAGACCUUGUGAAUACACUUGGUGAAAUUGUUGCUCUGGGUCCUGCUGGAAUUAUAAUAUGGGAUGCUAUGACUUUAAUACAACGUGCGCCAGGUUGCCCAGUCCUACAUAAAUACAUGGAGACAGUCCUGAAUCCAUACAUAAUCAACGUCACCCUAGCAGCCAAAAUGUGCAGCCAAACACUUUGUGAGGAUAAAGGCGUGUGUACAAGAAAAAAUGAAAGUUCAGAUGUGUAUCUUCACUUGAACCCAAAUCAUUUCGAUAUUACAUUAAUGGAAGAUGGAAAGUUUGGAGUGAAGGGUAGCCCCAGGGUUGGAGACCUGGAAUAUUUUCAUGAACAUUUUAAAUGCAGCUGUUUUGCGAACAUGAAUUGUGAGGAGAAUCCUCAUAUAGACUACGUACCAGAAGUUAAAGUGUGUACAGGUGACAACGUUUGUAUAGAAAGCCACGUAGAGCCUGACCCAGCCUUCUACCUCCUACCUGGCAAAAGACUUCUCGUUCUAACAGUACUCACUCACAUACUGCUUCAUCUGCCACAAGAUUCUUUUUUUUUCCGGGAAACAUGCUAG